UAAUUUAGAUCAUAAAAAUAAAUUCAUAGAAAUAUUUUUCCAUUGCCGAGAUUUAAAUCAAACACUCUAAACGAUAAUCGUAAGGCAAAUACUAACGAAACGACCCGGGUUAGCAAGGUCGUACUAAUAACUUAAUAAGUAAAUAACUAUCUCACGAGUUAAACAGGCAAACUAGAAAGGUGACCAAAACAAAGAGAGGGGAUGAGCGGAGCAGGAGUUCCAGACUUCUUCUACAGAGAAGCUCAACGACUUGGCUAUGUUGCUCGUUCUGCUUUCAAGUUACUGCAAUUACAAGAGAAAUACAAGUUAAUUAAGCCAGGUUCAUCUGUGCUUGAUCUGGGCUGUGCUCCUGGAGCUUGGCUUCAGGUAGCUUGUCAGAGCUUGGGUCCUCUCAAAAAUGGUGGGACUGUUGUGGGUAUUGACUUAAAGAAGGUGAAAGUCCCUUCUACUUAUUGUGAUGCUAGGGUCCAAACUGUUUGUGGUGAUGCUAUGAGUCUUUCUAGGGACCAUAUCAGAUCACUGUCUCCUAAGAAGGGAUUUUCCGUCAUACUAUCAGAUAUGUGUCCCUUAGUUUCUGGAAUCAAGUCGAAAGAUGCAGCCUUGUCAGCUGAGUUAGGCAUGCGAGCCCUUGACCUGGCUGUUGGAAGUGCUGCUCUUGCCCAAGAAGAUGCCGAGCCUGAGACGAAAGAGGAGGCUGAUGAUAAGGGCAUAUUGCUCCCUGGUGGCAACCUUGUCAUUAAGCUUUUGGAGGGUGAAGAUAUGAAAGAAUUUGGUCAAAUUUGCAAACCAAUCUUCAAAAAGGCGUCGUGGUUGAGACCCAAAGCUACAAGAUCAACUUCAAGAGAAAUAUACUUGAUUUGUCAAGGACUGCGUCCAUGAAGUUUGGAGUUUCUGAAAGGAUCUAAGAUUUUGUGUAGGAACUUAUUGUAUGUAGGCUCUACGAGUUUAUUGACUAGCGAUUUGAGGAAAAUUUUUAAAACAAAGAAGAAAUUCAGAUAAAUAAAUCAUUUUGUGUAUAUGUAUAAUGGCUUUUGUGUAUAAUGGCUUUUGUGUAGGCUCUCUGUGAGUUUAUUGGCAGACCAAUUUGAGGAAAGAAUUCCAAUCCAAACAUACUUGAUUUGAGGAACUUAUUUUAUGUAGGCUCUACGAGUUUAUUGACUAGCGAUUUGAGGAAAAUUUUUAAAACAAAGAGGAAAU